CAACAUUUAUAAUUCACAUUCAACGAACGGCAAAUUCCACGUUUAUUCUAUCGAAUGGCAUCUAUUUGUAAUUCAGUUCUGUCCUCAUCAUCUAAACUGCAGCAUAUAUUAUGGGGUACAUGACAUUUGGAAUACAGUCUGGGAAUACUAUCACGAAAAUAGACGUUGGUGCAAGUCCUGGAUGAUAUCUGGAAAUCGCUUUUGGAUAUUGAUCGGAUAUUCGCUAAUGUUUAAUUGUAGGUUCAUCAUGAGUGCUUUCUGUGUGUGAAGGAAUGAACAUCCAGAUCUCAAACCAUCCAUGGAGCUGUCCGUUCUGGGAGAACAGUCCUGAACGUGAUAUUUCUAUUAUUGAAAUGAUAUCAACUGUUGCAAUAGAUAAUAGAUUUACAUUUUGAAUAACUACGAGGGAAGCUUUCACGUAUUGUAUGGUCCACGUGACGCAUAACAAAGACAGGAUACGUGAAUGGAACAUUUCUGUAAAGCUGUGUGAUGUUUUUAAGGCACCUGACACCACGUUUUGAAAGAAGAAUUGUGCAUUCAAGGCAAAGAUAUCAUUGUGCAGAACUUUGGAAUAACUCCCUUGACCAGUCUGUGGCCUGGAAAGGAAUGUGUCCAGCUCCUUUCGGUCAUAUAUUGUUCUUUGAAAUCCAUUGGCAAGAUUUACACAAGGAAUUGAAAUAACAGUUUGGCCUUAGAGACAAAACUAUCGUUGUAAAGAGGACCAGAAUGAUGACCAUGAACAUUCUGAAAGUGAACAAUAAUAAGGAUAAUAAUAAUACCUACAACGAACCUACAUCUCCGAUGGUAACUUCUUCAAUGGAUUCAAUUUGAUCGAAAUAACUGCCUGAAAAGGGCAAUAUCAGCCACAGCCAGGACAGGCUAUUCAAUCCGUGUCCACUGCAGCAGGCUCCCGAUAUAGGGCCUGGGAAACGUCGAAACCAUCCUCUACUCCCUAGCGAUCACUAUGGAAAUACCAGAACAUAACGUUUACUAUCCAUCGCUGGCGAAGUCACAUUGUGACGAAGACGAGGAGCCUCCGCUUCCAUAUACAGCCGCUAAUACCCUCAUCGUGGAUUCAAGCAAGCGCUUUCAAAAACCAAGAACCCCACUGCCACAGAAGAGAAUUCAGUUUACGGAAAUGGAGGAAGAUGAGGGCACAAUUGAGCAGGUGAGGGUUUACAUUCGUGUGGUGUUCCUAAAGAUCGGCGAGGUGAACACCCUGAAGGAGAAAUAUGCUGCUGAUGUGUUCUUGCAGGCUCGAUGGGAACAGCCGAAACACUACAAACAGCUGGACGAAAACGGGAAGGAGGAAGAAUGGGACCCCCAGUUACAGAUCGAGAACGUACUAGGGGAUGCAAAGGAAGAGGAAUGGCGGUAUAAAGAGGCAAUAAGUCCAGAUCAUUUCCGUGUGUUUGAAUGUCGCCGUAUAAAGGGAGUCUUUGUCGAAAACCUGGAGCUACAACAUUUCCCGUUUGACACACAGGAUCUAUCCCUGACGAUCUCCUCUGAGUUGACUGAGUGUGAGGUGGAUCUCCUGGAGGACAAGGAGGAACUCAGCAGUGUCAACAAGCAGAGCUUCGUGGACGAGCAGGAGUGGGCACUGUUCGAGCAUGUGGAGAUGUUUCCCAAGGUGUCUGUUAAGGAGUACACCAGCUCCAGAGAGAGACACCCUACAAUGAUGGUCAUGUGCCAUGCGGCUAGACGACCUGGCUUCUUUGUGUGGAAUAUAUUUCUGACAAUGAUGUUGAUAACGCUCUUGGCUUUCACGACCUUUGCUGUUGGUGUGACUUUGACCCAGAACCGCCUUCAGCUGUCUUUCACCCUUGUGCUGACCGGAGUGGCCUUUAAGUUUGUCGUCAACCAGUCUCUACCAAGGAUAUCCUAUCUAACAUAUAUGGACAAAUACAUCCUCUCUUCCAUGGUGUAUCUUUGCCUGGUGUGUGUGUGGCACUCUGUGAUUGGUCGGCUACAUGACACCGGGCACGAUGAUUGGGCAAAGGACUAUGACUGGAAAGCUCUCUUGUGCUUCGUGUGCACCUACGUUUCCUUCCACUUAGGAUUCUCUGCAUGGAUAUAUAAAUAUGCAUGGCGCCGACGUCGUCUCAUGGAGAAGAAGGACGAGGCCUACAGGGAGAAGGUGAAACUCAUCCGCCGAGAGGACACAGCAACUCUCUUAAAGCGACGUAGAAUGAGCGCCUGGAGCCCAGCCGUUACUAUGAAGAACCACCUUCAGCCCACGUGACAAACCGCCACCUUGUACAGAAAGGGAGAUAACCCUGGCUACAGUGACUACAUUGAGACCAACAUUGAUGACAUUGUUUAAGAGUCAAAAUGAUUAUGAUUAUGAUUAUGCAUUUGACAACUGACAACAGCAAACUGUGAUCCCUGAUUAUGCAUUCCAGUAGGAACACAACCCUGCACCUUUCUUGUUCUCUUCACCAAAUGUCUCACGCAGGCUUUUGGUGUACAUGAUGUAUUUGAUACUCCACAUGGUGAUGACACAACACGACCAAAUAUGGCGAUGAUGAGAAAACAGAUACCUUGGAGUUUCUUCGAAUCUUAUCUGAAUUCUUAUUUCAUUCAUGAUGUUAACGAGUGAAGAAGCACAUAUUGUCUGUUUGAAGUAAGGUUUUCAAAGUAACAUGAUACACGUUUUGAUGUUGUUUCUGAAACACGUUCUUAACCCGAGAGGGACCAGCUCUUAAGAAACAUGACUUUUUGUGGACCAUGUUGUAUAAUCUGCCUCACCUUCAGAACCAGAAAAUAUGCUGAUAACCAAGCAUAUGCUUUAUAAGUGUGUAUACUCUUCAGAUACCAAUGCCUCGAGCUUAUAUCAGGUGUAUAAUAUAUGUUCCAGGUUUACCAUUGUUCUGGCAACAUAAUGUGUAUUAUAUAUGUUACUCUGUGUUAUGUUAACCUAUGGCUGUUAUGUUGACUUUGGCUUGGUACACAGCUUUAGGUGUUGUUGUAAAUAUGUACGUUUGUCAUGAAUUUAACCUCUUAAAGAUAUGAAAUCACAUCCCUUUGGGAUAUAAACCAUGCACAUAAUGCUGCACAGAUGAACGAUUCAUGCGUUUCAAAGUUGAACUUGAGUGUGAAUAAAUGCAUGCACGUG